GAUCCUCGGACAAACAAUCUUGUGCAAGAAACGUCGUUUGUCCAACCACAACAAAGCCAAUUCCGACAACCGCAACCUCAGCCGUCUUUCGAACAACAACAGUCACAACAGUCAUUUGCUCAUCGGCAACCACAGACGGUUUUCGAACAAGCGCCAACGCGAUCCCCAUUCACUCAUCAGCAACCACAGACAUCUUUCACUUCACAGCCAACCACGUUCACUCAGGCAGCCGAACCAUCGACAGCUCGCAUGAAGCAGAUCAUACCUCUCACAGAUGGUUUCCGAACAAGAGCGCCAACAACAGAGCUGACGACUGAGGCCCCAACGCCGACCACGACCAGGCCAAUAACGAUCAGCAGAACGUCUCAAGCACAGCAACCGCAUCAAGUAACGUUCUUCCGACCUGCGACGAUACGCCCAUCUUUCUCCAGGUUUAGGCGACCACAACAAACUACAUUCACCAGUUUGAAUCCGACAAGUAGAAUUACUGAAAGAUGCAAUUACUUUCCCACCAGUUUCCUAUAA